UCUAGAAAGAGGGAAAUUGUGAAAAUUUAAAUCAAUGCUUAAACUAGCUUACAUCCGAGCUUAUAUAUGGGGCAUGUGUACAGGUGCAGGUAGGCGAGCUUUGUUCGCUUUGUGGCGAGAAAAAAGGAUCGGUUAGCGAUAACUGGGAGUUGGGCUAGCCAUGUGAAGAUUUAGUAUUACAUAAAUCAAAAAUUUUGAUUGACUUUGUUGGGUAAAGCAAAGUAGUAAUGAAUUAUAGUUGGCAACAAGAUAGAGCAGCAUAUUCACAAUUAGGACGAUCUAUUAGUGAGAAACAUACUGAUCAAUUAUCAACUCAAUUAUCAGUAUUUCAAUCAGCAUUAAUUAAUUUUGCUAGUGAACAUGGUAAUGAAAUUAAACUGAAUUUAGAAUUUAGAAAUAAAUUUACUCAUUUAUGUAAUCUGAUAGGUAUUGAUCCAUUAGAAUUAUUACUUUAUACUGGAUCAAAAAAUUCUAAAAUUAGAUUAGAUAAUUUUUAUAUUGCUCUUGCAGUUCGUAUAAUUGAAGUAUGUCAACAAACUCGAGAUUUAAAUGGAGGUUUAAUAUCAAUUAAAGAAUUAUUAUCAAUAUUAAAGGAAAAUGAUUCAUUACAAAUUAAUAUAACAUCAAAUGAAAUUGAAAAAUCUUUAAGUUAUUUAAAUACUUUAGGAAAAGGUUAUGAAAUAUUAAAUAUUAAUGAUAAAAAAUGGUUAAAAUUUUCAUCAGCAACUGGUAGUGGUAUAUCUAAUGAUCAAAAAAGGGUAUAUGAACUUUGUAGUUUUAUGGGAGGUUUUGUUACUUAUAAAUUAUUGCGAGAUAAUUUUGAAUGGGAUAAAGUGCGAUGUAAAACUGUAAUUGAUGAAAUGAUUAUGAAUGGUUUAGUAUGGGUAGAUACUCAAGGUGAGAAUGGUCAGUAUCAAUAUUGGGAACCAUCAUGGAUUUCCAACUAAUGAGUUUAUGAUAGAUAUAAAUAUAAAUAUAAAUAUAUAUAUUGUAUAAUACACUAUUUACAAAUUGUGUUUUGCAGCAAUUUUACGC